GAUUGACACCACUUUGUCAAUGCGGCUUAUCGCUUUAUGUCGGCCAUGACAUAUAUCACCACCUUUUUGCAAUGUAACACUCCACCAACGGUGUGAAAAGGACAAAUAACAAUAAAUAGUACUUGUGACAAGUCCAAGUAAGGAGUAGGGAGGGGGUCCUGCUGCAGGGACAGAUGAUGAUGAUGAUGACGGCAGACAUGUGAUGAAGCAAAUACCAACUUCAUGUGACCCAUGGCAGAGGAGCGUCUCCUAGAAGAGGACAAACAUUUGUUUGUCUGGUUGUCUUCGCUCCGUUCACUGCAUUCAGCCCGCUUCGGUCGUCCUCCCCCCUGGAUGACACCACACCGGUCACCAUGCACACUAUUAAGACGGUGGAGACCCAAGUGCCCUUUCUGAAGGAGAGUUUCUUCACCAGCACCUUCAAGGACAGGAGGAAAAGCAGCGCCACCAACGUCCUGCGUAGACAACAACAAUCUCAGCCCCAUGUUCAGAUCCUUUCUGAGCAUCCCAAGCAUUCCCCUGCCAGGGAUCAGCGACUCGCUCGCUCCAACAGCAGCCCGUUAUGCAACAGAUCUGACUGGACGGGAGCAGGCGGGGAUAAGAGGGAGGGGCAAAAGGAGAGGAGACCCCUGACAGGGAGGGGUGGAGAGAGAGGAGUGAACGGCAGCGAGGCCGAGGCUGUCACCGCCAGUCUCCGCCUCCUCUCAGCAUCAGCAUCAUCCUCACAGCUGCCUCCAGCUCUGCCGGGGAAGCAGACGGGAUUAAGCAGAGGAUCCCGGGAGGAUCCCCGGAGUCAUGGCCAGCCUCGACCCCAGCAGCACGGCCUCCUAGCCAGGGGUGUGCGCCUGCUCCGGAGCAUGGGCAACCAGGAGGCCAAGCAGAAGAAAGGAGGUAACGGCGGAGGGGGAAAGGAUGGCGGGUGCGACUCCGGGGAAGUGGAUAAGAAAUCCAAAAAAUCCAACAAGGCGAGCAAAGCAGGUGGGGAGCAAAAGAAAUCCAAGUCAGAUUCCAAGGUUUCUGUUUUCUCCGGGAUGAAAAUCAGGAAAAGUUCCAAGGCCAAGGCUUUGUCCAAGGAUGACUUGCUGGAGGACGAGAGGUCAGGAAAUGCAGGCCUUAAGCAAGGAGCCAGCCAGUCAGCUGACGAGAUGGGAAUGUUGUCGGAAAGUGAGCUAAGCCGCUUGACCGCAGGAAGCCAGCAAUCCAUCCUGGAUGACAUGUGCCGAAAGACCAGCUCCGGAUCGGAUGUAGACCUCUACAGUUUUCACUCGGCACCAACUGACAACGAGGAUCUGUUGUCUGACAUCCAGCAAGCCAUGAAGAUCCAAUCGGGUGACGGGGUUCUGACUCAGGGGUCCACUUUCCAAGGAGGCCAAACCAAGCUUCUAUCCCAUCAGGCUUUCAGCUUUGACAAGGACUCUCAGAGGAACACAACGGAGAGCACGCCGAUGUCAAGAGAUUCAUCAGUGCCUGGAUCGCUGAGUGAAAGUGGACCGUCGUCGGUGCCGGACACUGAGAGGAGCAGUGGAAGCCUCUUCCCAAAAACCAACAGCACCUACAGCUUCCCGGACACUUUGACCACCACUACUUCCUACGAGAGCGCCGAGGACGACGCCGGUCAAGAAAACUGGGCAUCUCAAAGCAAAUACCCGGGUGUGCCAUGCGUUCGGGUGGAACCUGUGGGUGCUAGUCCUCACAAGAGCGCAAGCAGUUCGGAUCUGUUCAUGGCGCCAGUGGAAGAUGACGGCAGACAGGACUUCCUGUCGCUUCGGAAGAAGAACAGUUUAUCAAUAAGCCAGCUUCCGACCGAGAGUCCGUCUAGUUCUCAGCCGAGACCAGCUUCCACCAUGUCCCCGUCCACUGUUAAACUCUACCCCCCAGUGCACCCCUCCUACGUGAAGACCACCACCAGGCAACUCACCUCGCCUAUUGCAUCCCCCCUCACCAGCCCCUGCGUGCCCAGGAGAAUAGACCCAGCCGAACCAGGCGACGCCCAGGUAGGCCGGGGACGCAAGCAAAGGUCCAGCUCCAUCGCAGGGCCGCUCGGCACCUCUGCCGACUGGUCCGCCGGACAAGAUGGAGCUGGAGCUGAGUUCUCGGAGCAGGAGACUUCAGAGAAGAGUGGGGCUUACUGGACGCUGGGUUCCAGGAGGGCCCAGUAUGGACACUCCAGGUCCUCCAGGGCAACAGCAUCUUACCUGGACAUCUUCUCAGGCCGCUCUCUGGUGGACAGGUUGUGUAUGAGUCAGGAGGACGGCUCCUCGGAGGAGCAGGCCAAGGAAAUGUGUCAGAGGAUGUUGACUCAAGGUCUGCUGCAUCCCUUCAGUGACAACAGCGGUGACACCAAGCCAACUUUCAAUGGGGAGCAGCUGUACACCUGGGCCACGGUGGGCUUGCCAGUGUCCUCACAUCUGUGGGAGCUUUAUGGGGGUAGAACACCCACCAGAGUGCAGAAUUCCAGAUCACCUUUGCAGACCAAGACCACAGCAGGAGCAACACCUCACCCGCAGUCGGAUCCCAGCAGGUUGAAGUCAGCUCAGUCUUCCUCCGAGGAUGAAGGCAGCAUCAUAUCACAGCUGGAGAAGACCAUCCACGACCUCCGUGUGAAGAUGGCCGUGCUGCAGGGUCAUCAGGCCAGCGGGGACAAGGCGGAGGGCGGCGGCUCGGGGGUGAGGGCGCAGGAGGUGUUUGUCCAGACGUCACCGGUGAAGGAUAAGUUGGAUGCGGAGGUGGGCUUUGUCUGUACGUGCCAACAGAAGCAGCAGACUGUGCCACCUCCGCCACCUUUACCUGGGUCAGCACCUUGCCCCCCUCCUCCACCUCCGCCACCCUUACCUGGGUCAGCACCUUGCCCCCCUCCUCCGCCACCAUUACCUGGCUCAGCACCUUGCCCACCUCCCCCACCACCACCACCGCCACCGCCUCCUGGUUUUGGAGCUCCACCUCCUCCCCCACUGCCAGGUACGGGCCCCCCUCCACCGCCCCCGCCACCUGGCAUGAUGGGCCCCCCACCUCCGCCACCGCCCCCGGGCCUUGGCCCCCCACCACCACCGGGCCCCAUGUUCCCCAUGACGAUGCAGGAAGCCGCCCCUGCCAAGGCAAUGAUCGAGCCCCCCAAGCCAAUGAAGCCCCUCUACUGGACACGCAUUCAGCUUCAUGCAAAGAAACAUGCCGGCUCAUUGGUAUGGGAGCAAAUCCAAGAACCAUCUGUGGACUUUGAAGAAUUUGUGGAACUGUUCUCCAAAAGUGCUGUAAAAGAAAAGAAAAAGCCCAUUUCGGAUACAAUCAGCAAAUCCAAAGCUAAGCAGGUGGUGAAGCUGUUGAGCAACAAGCGUUCUCAGGCUGUUGGCAUUCUGAUGUCCAGCAUCCAUCUUGACAUGAAGGACAUCCAGAAUGCCGUCCUAAAUAUGGACAACGCUGUCGUUGAUCUGGAGACCCUGCAAGCUCUGUAUGAGAACAGGGCCCAAAGUGAUGAGAUGGACAGCAUCAGGAAACACGUGAAGUCUUCUGCAGACAAGGAGGACACAAAGCCGCUGGACAAACCCGAGCAGUUUUUGUUCCAGUUAUCCGAAAUCCCCAACUUCUCUGAGCGGGUCUUCUGCAUCCUUUUCCAGUCAACUUUCCAUGAAUGCAUCACCUCAAUUGUUCGUAAAAUGGAAAUUCUUCAAAGAACAUGCAAGACUCUUCAGAGUGGCAAGUGUGUAUUGCAGGUUCUGGGAUUGGUACUGGCGUUUGGGAACUUCAUGAACGGAGGAAAUCGCACUCGCGGGCAGGCCGAUGGCUUCUCCUUGGACAUUCUGCCCAAACUGAAGGACGUUAAGAGCAGUGAUAACUCCCAGAGUCUUUUGUCCUACGUUGUUGCUUACUAUCUGAGGCACUUUGAUGAGAAUGCUGGAAGAGAGACCUGCUCUUACCCUCUACCCGAGCCACACGACCUCUUCCAGGCCUCCCAGAUGAAGUUUGACGACUUUCAAAAGGACCUGCGUAAGCUGAGAAAAGACCUGACGGCCUGCUCCAAAGAGACUGACAAAGUAUGCAAGAUGUGCUCGGUUGACAACCUGCAGCCCUUCAAGGACAAGAUGGACGCCUUUUUGAGCCAAGCCCAAACGGAGCUGGAAACACGAGAGAAGGAGCUGGCCGACACUCAAAAGACCUUCUUGGAGUUGAGCGUGUCCUUCUCGGUCAAACCCAAAGCAGGCGAGAAGGAGGUCUCUCCCAGCACCCUGUUCAGCAUUUGGCACGAGUUUUCCACGGAUUUCAAAGAGCAGUGGAAAAAGCAGAAUAAGCUGAUGUUGAAGGAGCGGUUAAAAAUGGCGGAGGAGUGUUUCAAACAAGCCAAGGAGAAAUCUUCCUACAAUGUCAAACCUAAACAUGCAACUGGAAUCAAAGCAAAGCUGGGCCAGAAGAUGUAAAACAGAAGACUAAUCAGCGAGUCUACUGUGCAAGUACAAUCACACAUUUUUACUCAAUUUUUUUUUUUUUUUUGCAAUUGGAUUUUAAACUUUCUUAUCGCCGGUGGAAGAAAAAUGAAACCUUGGCUCCUCUUUGGCAGCAUUUGUUGAAUUAUUACAUGCAGGAGACAAACUGAAGCCGAGGGGAUUAAAGCUAGAUGCCAGAAAAUGCUCUCUGCAAAUUUCUAGCAACGUUUUAUACGUUGUAUUUCAUAAGCCAUAUGCAGACUUUUAGUGUAGCCAGUUUUAGCAGUAAACCAACAGUUUAUAACGGGUAUAGAUCUCCUUGACAGUGCCUUAACACACACACACACACACACACAUACACACACAUAUAAGUGAUGUGCAACAUGGACUUCGGAGACGUAUCAGUUGCAAUUCUUUCACUUUCGUAUCGUCGACUACUUCAUAUCCCGGUAGCAGCGCUCAGCACCUCCUCGGCUACGUUCGCUUUCCCCCUUAAGGCCGUACCGCCCCCCACCCCCCACCCCCAACCCCCUCCUCACUCCCUCUUAAACGGUGUUAUUGCUUAAUUCAUCACUGUCAGCGUGCUUUAUGCGUUAAAUCCUCUGCAGCUCUACAGUGUGAUAUGCUAACCAAACACGAGCAUCAUGUGACAUUCCGUAUAUGUUUUUGACGGUGAAAAGAUAUAUUUAUUGAAUAAAAGAAUUUAUUUACAUUUUAA